CUUUCAUAUAUGGACAGAGCAGUAUAGCAACAUGUGACAGAGUGCUGCUAAAAACAGCUUGAGCACUUUUCAAAUGAUCCUUUAAACAAUGUCACCCAGCUGAGGAAACUCAUAGGACAUUUGAUCACACGAGUCCAGGAAUUAUUUGAAGAGAACAGACCCGGAAACUCAUCACCACAGCCUAUUUCUCCUGAAAUUACUCUCCUCGAAAUAGCUAGGAGAUGAGCACCUCGCUGGCUUACCAGUCCUUGAGUAAAGAGCAACAAACUAUGGAUAACUUGGAGAAGCAACUUAUAUGUCCAAUAUGUCUGGAAAUGUUUUCCAAGCCAGUGGUAAUCCUUCCUUGCCAACAUAAUCUGUGUAGGAAAUGUGCCAGCGACAUUUUCCAGGCUUCCAACCCAUAUUUACCAACCAGAGGAGGAAACACUGUGGCCACAGGAGGUCGCUUCCGUUGCCCAUCCUGCAGACAUGAAGUGGUUCUGGACCGACAUGGAGUGUAUGGCUUGCAAAGAAACUUGCUGGUUGAAAAUAUCAUUGAUAUUUACAAGCAGGAAUCAACUAAAUCUACAAGACCUGAAAGAAAGUCCAAUCAACCAAUCUGUGAAGAGCAUGAAGAUGAAAAAAUUAACAUAUACUGUCUGAACUGUGAAGUGCCCACAUGCUCCAUGUGUAAAGUAUUUGGAGCUCAUAAAAACUGUGAGGUUGCGCCACUUGCUCAGGUGUUUCAGGGCCAAAAGUCUGAACUGUCGGAGGGCAUUGCGGUCCUGGUUGGAUGUAACGACCGAAUUCAAGCAGUGAUUUCACAACUAGAGGAAACUUGUAAAACUGUGGAGGAAAACUGCAAGAGACAAAAAGAACAGCUGUGUGAGAAGUUUGAUUAUUUAUAUGCUAUACUUGAAGAAAGAAAAGGUGAACUAACCCAAGUAAUCACAAGAGACCAAGAAGAAAAAUUUGAAUAUGUCAAGUCUUUAAUGAAGAAAUAUGCAGAUCAUACAGAAACAGUUUCAAAAUUGGUGGAAUCAGGAAUUCAGUUCUUGGAUGAGCCAGAAAUGGCAGUGUUCCUUCAAAAUUCCAAGGCUUUGCUACAAAAAAUAACAGAAGCAUCCAGAGGAUUUCAAAUGGAAAAAAUUGAACCAGGAUAUGAAACCAUGAAUCACUUUACAGUGGACCUAAACAGAGAAGAGAGAAUACUACGUGAGAUAGAUUUUUAUAGAGAAGAUGAAGAGGAGGAAGAGGAUGCAGGAGAAGCUGAAGAUUUUGAAGAAGUUCACACAGAAUCUUCUGGUGAAGAGGAAACGGCAGAGCAAGUGACUCAGAGCCCUCAGCCCACACCGGAAUCCACCGUCACGUCCACAAGUACCAGCCAAGAACAGACCUCCCCUCAGGAGACAGAUCAGCAGAAUCCAAGUCCCCCUGCCCCACAAGGUAGUGUUGAGCCAAGUGGUAUUCAACAGACGCCUAAUGCUCAAGUGCUCUCAGCAACAGAAACUUCAAACCGCUUGUUAUACCCUAGCUGGUAUAAGAACCAAACAUGGCAACAAUCCAGCUCUAACAAGGCCCCAGUGACUGAGGCUGUGGGUCCAGUAAUUUCUCCCAUUCCAAAGGAAAUGACCGUAAAGAAAGUAGAUCCACCAGCAACAACUUUUAAGGAGAGCAUAGCAGUGACUGGUAAGGACACCAGUUCAUCUGCAAAUAUGCCACAGACUGGAUCUGAGACAGCAGCAGCAGCAGCCCUGGGAGACGCACAGGGGACUCCAGAAGCGAAUCAGUCUGAAAACACAGACUCUUCACAUCACGUCUUCUCCUUCUCCUGGCUCAAUUCAUUACCAAAAUAAUAUUCCUUUUACGAGAAACUGCUCUUGUCCACUGUGUCAGUAUACAGCUCCCCUACACCCACUGUGAACAGUGCUACUACAGUACUGCAGCUCUUAAUAAUGCCAUUGUUUAUUCUUUUAUAUAUCUCUCUUCUAUUGUACACUUUAUUUGU